ACUAGUUGUUUCCUAGAGCCGGUAUCUGACAGAGGCAUUGGACUGUGCGCCGUCUUCUCUGUUUAUAUCGUAACUGUUUACAAAACAUAGCAGGGAACAACACUGGUUUCGCGUUAGCUUUAAAUGUGAACUCAGUUAACCCGGGACGAAGUUUUUGGCUAUAUUUCCCUGGAUCUCAAGCGCCUUUUUUUCUAUCUGGAUGAAAGGAUCCCUACCGCAUAUUUGUUUCUGCAAACUGGACUUUAAGCUUUACACGGGAGACGGGAGAGCCGUGCUAUCGGAAUAAAACUACGGCUAUAAACCAAGAAAACACGAAGAACACACACGUCGAAUCGCCUGUGGUGGAUAUCAGGCAAGAAAUGCUACUGUCCAAGCUCAAUUCUCUGGCCCACAUCUCCACUGUAGACAUGCCGGCGAAAAUCCAGCUCCAAGUUCAUCAAGUGAAGGAGAAGGAGCCUUUCGAGAAGCUGUAUCAGGUCGGCGCGGUGCUGGGCAGUGGCGGCUUCGGCACGGUCUACUCCGGUACAAGAAUAACCGACGGAGCUCCGGUUGCUGUCAAACAUGUGGCCAAGGACAGAAUCUCCGACUGGGGAGAGCUGCCUAAUGGCUCCCGUGUCCCUUUGGAGAUUGUGCUGUUGAAGAAAGUAGGGACGGGCUUCCGUGGCGUUAUCAAAAUGCUAGACUGGUUCGAGCGACCAGACAGCUUCAUCAUCGUGAUGGAGAGGCCCGAAAACGUCAAGGACCUGUUCGACUUCAUCACGGAGAAAGGUGCCUUACCGGAGGAGCUCGCGCGGAGCUUUUUCCGUCAGGUGUUGGAGGCUGUGCGGCACUGCCAGAACUGCGGCGUGGUGCACCGGGAUAUCAAAGACGAGAACAUUCUCAUCGACCUCCGCACUGGGGAGAUGAAGCUUAUUGACUUCGGAUCCGGAGCCCUGCUCAAAGACACCAUAUACACAGACUUUGAUGGCACUAGAGUGUACAGCCCACCGGAGUGGAUCAAAUAUCAUCGCUAUCAUGGACGCUCUGCCACAGUUUGGUCCCUGGGUGUCUUGCUGUAUGACAUGGUGUGCGGGGACAUUCCAUUUGAACACGAUGAGGAGAUCACAAGAGGGCAGGUCCUUUUCCGGAGGAGAAUCUCCACAGAAUGCCAGCAGCUGAUCAAGUGGUGUCUGUCUGUGCGGCCAGCUGACCGCCCAUCCUUCGAGGACAUCAUCAAUCACUCGUGGAUGCAGAGCACAUCCUCCUCUGUAGUCCCAUCCACGGUGCAGACAGAGAAGACAAGCACAGAGAUUAGGCUGCACAGCAUCAGCCAUGAGCCCACAGCCUUCACACCCACCCCUGUGGCUGUGGCGCGGUGAUGGAGGCAAACAGGGCUGCUCUGGUCUGAACUGGACUGCACUGACCUAAGAGGCUAUUACAAAAGACUUAUGUAACCGACUUGAAGCAGAGAGGAGGGGGGCAUCCAGACACUGGUGAGAGCAACGUGUAAAGGACUAAGGACAGAGAAAAAAACCAGGUCAUGA